AUGCCUACACGAAAGCCCAGCAAGUAUGGGAACAAUAAGUUUCGAUCAGGCGCGGCCUCAUCCAAUCCAAGACGGACCAAGACUGUCGAAUUCGGAGCCCUACGAUCUACCGAAGCAACUUCACAGGAUGAGAAAUUCGAGGCCAUCCGUUUGGCCAACAGCAUCGAUGAAACCCUCGGCUUCCCACGAUUCGAAUCCGGCGAGACAAGAGCAGGAUGGCUUAUCAACAUGCACAGCACGACUAUAGAGGACUCAAAUGUGCAGGGAGGUCGUGCUGGUGUCGAUUAUUACUUUCUUCAAGAUGAUGGGGGUAGUUUCAAAGCCACUGUGGAAUAUGACCCGUACUUUCUUCUUGCGGUCAAAAAAGGCUUUGAGAUGGAGGUUGAGGAGUGGUGCCGGAGAUCCUUUGAGGGUUUGAUCAAAAGCUUCAAGCGCAUCGACAAGGAAGAUUUGGACCUCCCCAAUCACCUUCUCGGCCACCGAAGGACUUUCCUCCGAUUGAACUUCGCUAAUGUCGGCAACCUACUGGAGGUUCGGAGAGCAAUUCUUCCACUAGCGGAGAAGAACAAGAAAAACUCCACAAUGAUGGACGCAUAUGUGGAGAUGUCUAGUGCGGCUACAGGCUUCGAUCUUUUUGACGACGAAAUACUUAAUGAGCAACGACCUAACGGCAACAUACAAGCGAGUGAUUUUAUAGUUGAUAUUAGAGAAUAUGAUGUUCCGUAUCACGUUCGAGUGUCGAUCGACAAGGACAUUCGAAUUGGAAAGUGGUAUAAUGUUGAAGCAAAGCAUGGUGUGAUAGAGUUGACUUGUUUGGAAGAACGACUUCAACGUGCAGAUCCUGUUGUCCUCGCCUUCGAUAUCGAAACCACCAAGCUCCCCCUCAAAUUCCCCGACGCCGUCAUCGAUCAGAUUAUGAUGAUUUCAUAUAUGAUUGACGGACAAGGGUUCCUCAUUACAAACCGAGAGAUCGUCUCCGAGGACAUCAAUGAUUUCGAAUACACACCGAAGCCAGAAUACAGUGGCCCCUUCAUCAUCUUCAACGAGCCAAAUGAAAGGGGGGUAUUGGAGCGUUUCUUUGAGCAUAUCAAGAUCGCCAAACCCACUGUCAUUGCUACAUACAACGGUGACUUUUUCGAUUGGCCUUUCGUCGAAGCGAGAUCUAGCGUCAAUGGAAUCGAUAUGUACAUGGAAAUCGGGUUCAGGAAGAACAGCGAAGACAUCUACCAGGCUGACAACUGUGUUCAUAUGGAUUGCUUCGCAUGGGUCAAUCGUGACAGUUAUCUUCCCCAAGGAAGUCGUGGCCUGAAGGCCGUGACGGUCGCGAAACUUGGAUACGAUCCAGACGAACUUGAUCCAGAACUCAUGACCCCCUAUGCGAGUGAGCGGCCCCAAACUCUUGCGGAAUAUUCAGUUUCCGACGCUGUUGCAACAUACUACCUGUACAUGAAAUAUGUGCAUCCUUUCAUUUUCUCUCUGUGCACCGUCAUUCCUCUCAAUCCUGACGACACCCUACGCAAGGGAACUGGAACUUUGUGUGAGAUGCUGCUCAUGGUACAAGCCUACCAGAACGAAAUUGUUCUUCCAAACAAGCACAAAGAUCCCCAUGAGUCUUUCUACGAAGGUCACUUGCUCGAGUCCCAAACCUAUGUGGGUGGACACGUCGAAAGUAUUGAGGCAGGUGUUUUCCGAAGUGACAUUCCUGUCUCUUUCACAGUCGAUCCAGCAGCCAUCGACGAGCUUCUGAAGGAUCUUGACCAUGCCCUCAAGUUCAGUAUUGAAGUGGAAGAAAAGAAGUCCAUGGAAGAUGUUGCAAAUUAUGAUGAAGUCAGGGCUCAAAUCGCAGAGAAACUGCUCGAACUGAGGAAUAAUCCGAAUCGCAACGAAGUGCCUUUCAUUUAUCAUUUGGAUGUCGCUUCCAUGUAUCCCAAUAUCAUGAUUACCAACCGUUUGCAACCGGAUUCCAUGAUCGACGACUCAAACUGUGCGGCUUGCGAUUUCAAUCGCCCUGGAAAAACUUGCGAUCGACGAAUGCCGUGGGCCUGGCGCGGUGAAUUCUUGCCAGCCAAACGCGAUGAGUACAACAUGAUCAAGCGUGCGAUUGGGAAUGAAAGGUUCCCCAGCCGAAACAAGAACGGGCUGAUGCGGUCCUUCGCAGAACUCAGCAUUGAGGAACAAGCAGGCAUCGUGAAGAAACGGCUACAAGACUACAGCAAAAAGAUCUACCAUAAGAUCCACGACAGCAAGACUAUGGUGCGAGAAGCGAUUAUCUGCCAGCGAGAAAAUCCUUUCUACGUCGAUACGGUGCGCAGCUUCCGUGAUCGACGUUAUGAUUUCAAAGGCCAGCAAAAGGUUUGGAAGAAUAAGACCGACUCUUUGGUAUCUUCUGGAGCCUCUGCAGCUGAGAUCGACGAAGCGAAGAAGAUGAUUAUCUUAUUUGACUCUCUACAACUCGCCCAUAAGGUCAUUUUGAACAGUUUCUACGGUUAUGUCAUGCGGAAGGGUUCUCGAUGGUAUUCCAUGGAGAUGGCCGGUGUUACUUGUUUGACGGGUGCCCAUAUCAUCCAGAUGGCUCGGGAGCUCGUUGAGCGCAUAGGCCGACCCUUGGAAUUGGAUACCGAUGGUAUUUGGUGCAUGCUUCCAGGAAGCUUUCCCGAAAACUUUUCCUUCACACUCAAAAAUGGGAAGAAGCUCGGUAUUUCGUACCCCUGCGUCAUGCUGAACCACCUUGUUCACGCGAAAUACACCAAUCACCAGUACCAGUCUCUUGUUGACACAUCCACCCACAAAUACAAAACUUACAGCGAGAACUCUAUCUUCUUCGAAGUCGACGGACCUUACAGGGCCAUGAUUCUUCCAACUUCAAAGGAGGAAGAUAAGAACUUGAAGAAGCGAUAUGCGGUUUUCAACCACGACGGUUCCCUAGCUGAAUUGAAAGGUUUCGAGGUCAAGCGCAGAGGAGAGUUGAAAUUGAUCAAGAUUUUCCAGACCCAGAUCUUCAAGUUCUUCCUAGAGGGAAGCAACCUUGCAGAGACUUAUGCUGCGGUUUCUCGUGUCGCCGAUCGGUGGUUGGACGUACUUUUUGAGCAUGGUGCGACGUUGGCUGAUGAAGAGCUAAUUGACCUCAUUUCGGAAAACCGAAGUAUGACGAAGCCCCUAGAAGAGUACGGCAACCAGAAGUCGACAUCCAUCACGACAGCCAAACGUUUAGCGGAAUUCCUGGGAGAGCAGAUGGUGAAGGAUAAGGGUCUGAACUGCAAGUACAUCAUCUCUGCAAGACCAAGAAACACACCCGUCACGGAAAGAGCCAUCCCAGUCACCAUCUUCUCAGCGGAAGAGAAUGUGAGACGAUUCUUCCUGCGAAAGUGGCUCAAGGAUGAUCCUGGUGACAUGGAUCCUCGGAAUAUCAUUGACUGGAACUACUACAUUGAGCGUCUCGGCUCGGUGGUGCAAAAGCUCAUCACAAUUCCAGCUGCUCUCCAAAAGCUACGCAAUCCGGUGCCUCGUGUUGCCCAUCCUGAUUGGUUGCAACGUCGAAUCAACAUCAAGGACGAUAAAUUCAAGCAAAAGAAGAUGACCGACCUAUUUGUUAAAUCGGAUAAGCCUCCUCUUUCCAGCAUAUCUACCAAUAUCUUGGACCAUCGAGUUCAACAUGCCGGGGACAUGGACCAAGCUAUCGCACAGUCAACUCAGAAGCUUAUAUCAUCCCCCGAGGCAAAAGUCUCCCAGAAAAGGAAACACCCUGAAGGGAUUCCUAAAACUUCCCUUGAUCCUUUCGCCAGCCUCCCGGCCGUCAUGCCUUCUAUCUUGGACGACUAUGAAGGGUUUCUCAAGUACCAGAAGCAGAAGUGGAAGAUCCAGAAGCAAGCCCGUAUUCGCCGUCGCCAGCUUUUCGGUGAGCGCCCCAGCGCUGCCUCUGACUCCUUGAGCAAUUUCUUCCGAAACCAGGCCCAGAUGCUAUACAUCAGCACUUGGCAGGUUAUUCAGCUCUGCGAGACAGGUCGACCGGGAAUUGUCCGAGCUUUCGUACUCAUUGACCAAAAGAUUCAAGCACUCAAUGUGAAGGUUCCUCGGCAAUUCUUUGUGAAUCUGAAACGUGAAUCCCUUCCUGAUAUUGAGGUUCCCGACUGUGAAGUUGAAAAGGUCAACCACACCCUACCAAACGGCCAUCCCUCGGUCCAUCUGUUUAAGCUCUCUCUAUCGGAGGAUGUGUUCCUAGAAGAGGCGGAGAAAAUGGACGCUUUGUUCCAGCAUCCCAGUAUCGAGGGUGUCUAUGAGCGAAAUAUCCCUGCCAGUAUUCGAGCAGUGCUCAAAUUGGGAAGUCACUGCACCUUCGAUGAAGAGCAACGUGGUGUCCUUGGUGAUGGUCUAGACCGUGGCUUUGAUCUCUCCAAUCUGCUUCAUGCUUCUUCCGAUCAACCUUACUUGUUGGACUCACCCUUGGCAUACCAUUACCUGUACCACGUUGCCUCUGGUGAUAGACAGGUCUUUGCCCUCUUUUCAACAACCAAGAAGGAGGCAUACAUCGUCAUCCUCAAUCGCACCAGGGAUGUUCAAGGCCUUCCAAACUCGUUGAAUGCUUUCGAGUAUCAGGACAAGAUUCACUUCAAGACGACUCAAGUGAUGACCAGGAGGAAGGCGUAUCUCGAAGUUGGAGAUUUGGUCAAGAAGCUUCGAGCCGACGAGAGUCAACCGGCUGUUUUAGUCAUCCAGUCCCAGCAGAGAGAUCGGCUGUGUCAUGACAUCCCUAUUCUAAAAGAAUACCCCGUCCUUUCUGUGAAGCCCGAAAUCUCAGACAUGGAUCUGCCCCCGCUUGGAUGGCAGGCAUUCAUCGGCAGGCGACUCGUCACACACUACCUAUACUUGUCUGCGUGGAUACAGCAUCUAACCAUGCUUGCCCGCUAUGGCGAUGUCCCUCUCUGCAACCUUGAAACUGAUGACCCUCGAUACUUGAUCGAUAUCUCAUAUGCCCGACGACUUCAAAAAAGCAACGUUGUUCUCUGGUGGUCUCACGGGCCGCGGCCAGAUCAUGCUGGGUAUGAAAAGGAUGACGUUAUGGGAUCGCUAGAGAAGGUAAAUAUGCCAUCUGCGAAUGCACCAAGUGCGUACACGACUGUUUGCAUCGAGUUGGACAUUCGAAACCUUGCUAUUAACACAAUCCUCACUUCCUCGAUCGUCAACGAAAUGGAAGGUGGCACCGAUAGCCUUCUAGCUCCUUCCGGGGGUGCUGCAGAUGACUCGGGUGUGCUUUACUCUGAAAAGGCGUUUGCAUCUGCGGGUGCUGUUGUGUUGCGAGAAAUGGUCAAACACUGGUGGACGGAGGCUUGUGCCGGUAAUAGUAUGGCCGACAUCAUGGUUCAACACUUGAUCCGAUGGGUGGAGAGCCCAGUAUCGUGCCUUUAUGACCGUUCUUUGCACAACUAUGUCCGCUUGCUUUCUCGAAAGUCUUUCCAGAGGUUGAUGGCCGAGUUUAGACGAGUUGGCUCGAACGUUAUUUUCGCCAGCCCUACCCGCCUUCUCCUCCAAACGACCAAGACUGAGGUCGGUAACGCCUACGCCUACAGCCAAUAUGUCUUGAAGUCUAUCCGAGGAAAUCCUUCAUUCCACUUCAUCGAUCUCGAAAUCAAGGAAUACUGGGAUUACCUGGUCUGGUAUGAUGAGUACAACUAUGGUGGAAAGGGCUGCCGGGAAGUGGUCGAGGCCGAACACCAAGAGCUUGAGACCGUCAUGCAUUGGCAACUCAGCCGGUUCUUACCGACGCCCAUGCAGACCAUUUUCCAUGAUUGGGUUAUUGAGUAUAUCGAGCUGAUGCACACAUUGAAACGACCUGACCUUCAGGAUGCCGAGAUAUCAUCCACUCCUCGCUUGACGCAGAUUCCCAUUACCCAACCGACUGAUAAGGACAGCGAAGAGCUCUCUGCUGUUCUGGCCGAUCGUUUCUCGAAGCCGCUGAAGAAACAGAUAACCGGUCUUAUUCGCCGCCAGCGCGACGAGAUGCUUCACCCCGAGCUUGCGUCCGAUUAUGCUUUCCCUGUUCUUCCUGGUGUUCUGGACGAUCCCAAGGGCCACAAGCGCAACCCGGCGUUGGAACUGGUGAAGCUACUCAUGCAGGUCCUAAGUCUAUCCAAGACAACAACGCUCGAGUCCCGCCUGCUCCGCCGCGAACUGCUUGCUCUCUUCGAAGUCCGUGAGUUCAGUAAGGAAGGUCGCUUCGAAAACCCUAGUGCCAACCUGAAACUCCAAGAGCUCACCUGUAACGCGUGCUGUCUCAUCCGUGAUCUCGACCUCUGUCGUGACGAGGACGUUCUCCCAGACCCUGGCUCGGACGCAAAGACCCCAAAACCGUGGCGCUGUCCCUUCUGUCAAACCGAAUAUGAUCGCCUGGCACAAGAGGAGGUGAUGAUUGGUCAGGUGCAAGGUCUCAUUGUGGAGUGGCAGACACAGGAUCUGAAGUGUUCCAAGUGCAAGACUCUCAAAAUGAGCGAGUUCUCCGAGCACUGUUCCUGCAGUGGAACAUGGGCCUCAACGAUCGAUCGAAAAGAAAUGGAAAAGAAAUUACGAGUGUUGCAGAGUGUGGCCAAGUUCCAUAGCCUGCAGCUGCUCACUGAUGUUGUUGAGGGUGUCCUUGCCCAAAUGUGA